GCGACGUGCGCAUCGACGCGGAGAUGAAGACGCCCGUCUCGGCGACGGCCACGAAGCUGGACCUGGGCCCGGACCCAGGCCCCUCCGACGGCGUCGACCUCGAGGCCGGGCAGACGCUGCAGAGGGUCGUGGACUUUGACCUCAAGGAGGAGGGCAACCACGUGCUGGCGGUGACGGUGAGCUACUACGAGGCGACGGAGACGAGCGGGCGGACGCGGACGUUCCGCAAGCUGUACCAGUUCAUCUGCAAGGCCUCGCUGAUCGUGCGCACCAAGCCGGGGGCCCUGCCGCCGGGCAGGGACGGCGGGCGGAGGUGGGUCCUCGAGGCCCAGCUGGAGAACUGCAGCGAGGACGCCAUCCAGCUCGAGCGCGUCGCCCUCGACCUCGAGCCCGGGCUGGCCUACUCCGACUGCAACUGGGAGGCGAGCGGGAGCCAGAGGCCCGGCCUGCAGCCGGGUGAGGUGGAGCAGGUGUGCUUCGUCGUCGACGAGCUUGUCGACGGCGGGGUGGGGGUUGCUGCUAGGUCGCAGGAGGGGGGGCGCGUCACCUUUGGCUCCUUGGGCAUCGGCUGGCGCGGCGAGAUGGGCAACCGGGGCUUCCUGUCGACCGGGAAGCUGGGCUGGGGACCGCCAGGCAGGUCCAAGGCAGUUGAGCCGAGGGUUGCGGCCCUGCCCCUUUAGGAUCGGCAGCGACUUUUGGCUAUGGACAUGAUGCUCAGUGGUGGGGUCAUUCAAGAUCUACCAAUUGCUUCCUUGGUUCUUUGGCCGGUACGCCAGGAACAUGAAUCAGAACCAGGUUGUCUCGGAUCUCAGAACCACAAGGAAGCUUGCCUUCUUCAAACGUGCCUUACUACGUAGAUGCGCCUUUCAAGAUGGGACGCAGAAUUCUCAUGUGGUGACUCAAGAUUUUUUGGCGUCGCUUUCGUGUCCCAGCGAAGUUUUAAUUUAGGUAAUAGAAAAGAGGUGACGCGUCCCGUUCGCGUCCGUUGGUCGCGUAAGACGCGCCAAGGGCCCUCGUCACAGGCACGUGGGUGAGUUAAAGUGCGCGCCCAUUUUAAUGAUGAUUUUCAACAUG